AUGUCGGACUCCAGAUCCUUACAGGCAGAUCAGACCCGCUCUUUGCGGGAGCGGGUUUUUGACAUAUUUCGUGCCUCUUCUUCCCAUAGCCCCGAGACUUCCUCAACAGCAGCAGGCGGGAAUCUACAACGGGACUUGGGUAUUCGCACCCCAUUGCUGAGGUCCUACGACCACCAAGAGCCGCCAUGUGGUAUGGGUGACUCCUGCAAUCAUGGCACCUUUACCCCACGAGUGGAGCCUGAAGAUCAUUCUGGAUGGCGAGUACACUCUCUCGCUGGCGGCGAAAGGUCCUAUACUCGAAACCAAAGCCAACAAUCUACGCCAACCACGCCUAGCAUACAGGGUCCAGAGAAUCUGCCGUUGACCGGGGCAUCGACGCCACUUGCAGUAAAGCACAGUAAAUCUUUGUAUAUGUCAUACUAUAUUCCGUUUUUCAAUUGGAUCACCCAAUACCGCUUGUCCUACUUUCGCGGGGAUUUGAUCGCCGCUUUAACCAUCGCCUCCAUUUACAUUCCGAUGGCGCUCUCCCUCUCAAACAUCGCGCAUGCCCCUCCAAUUAACGGCCUAUAUUCCUUUGUUAUCCAGCCUUUUAUAUACGCAAUCCUGGGAAGCGCUCCUUUGAUGGUUGUCGGCCCAGAAGCAGCUGGAUCUCUGCUCACUGGAACGAUUGUCAAGGCCUGUGUGAACCAAGGACACACAGGAGAAGAAAACGAGGCCGCCAAUGCCGUGGUGGUCGGUGUGGCUACUGCUAUGGCUGGAGCCAUGGUUCUGGUUGCAGGAAUAACUAGACUGGGGUUUUUGGAUAAUGUAUUGAGUCGACCAUUCCUGAGGGGCUUUAUCACUGCUAUCGGGUUUGUUAUAUUUGUGGAUCAGCUUAUUCCGGAGGUCGGUUUGGCGGAAGAGGCCAAACGCGUGGGCGUGAGUCACGGAAGUACAGUGGAUAAGCUAGUAUUUCUUUUCAGGAAUAUCGAGUCUUGCCAUGGCUUGACGGCAGCUGUCGCCUUUACCAGUUUUGCGAUUAUCAUGGUAUUCCGGACUCUCAAAAAGACACUCGAAAACCGAUUCCCGCAAAUCAUUUAUUUUCCAGAUCGAAUUAUUGUCGUUGCUCUUUCUGCAGUUUUGACGUGGCGCCUUGGAUGGGAAGAGCAGGGGCUUGAGAUCUUGGGUCCAACAGAAAAUACUGCCAAUGGGGUCUUUAAAUUUGAGUGGCCUUUUCAGGCCAACCGUAUGCAUUACAUGCGUACCGCAUUAAGCACUUCGUUUAUCAUUGCCGUCCUUGGCUUUUUCGAGUCAUCGGUUGCCGCUAAAGGACUUGAUGGUACCAAGAGGAAGGAGGGAGUGGAAGGAAUGUCUGUCAGCCCUAACAGAGAGCUGGUAGCUCUAGGCGUUGCCAAUGUUGUAGGUGGGUGUUUCAUGUCUCUGCCUGCGUUCGGAGGAUAUGGAAGAAGCAAAGUCAAUGCAUCGACUGGUGCUCGUUCCCCAAUGAGUAGUAUCUGCCUCAGUAUGAUUACUUUGAUUUGUAUCAUGGUUCUCAUGCCAUACUUGUACUACCUUCCGAAAGCCGUCCUUUCCUCGAUGAUUUCUGUUGUCGCCUUUUCCCUGAUCGAAGAAUGCCCGCACGAUGUAGCUUUCUUCAUUCGUUUACGGGGAUGGACAGAGCUGGCGCUCAUGCUUCUCAUCUUCGUAUCAACUAUUUUCUACUCUCUUGAGCUCGGAAUUGCGCUUGGAAUUGGUCUAUCUAUCCUAAUUCUUAUCCGACAUUCCACGAAACCCCGAAUCCAGAUUCUUGGAAAGGUAGCUGGCACAAGUGAUCGAUUCGAAAACGCCGAACUCCACCUAGAUAACGUUGAGCUAGUCGAGGGAGCCUUAAUCGUCAAAAUCCCAGAACCUCUUACAUUUGCGAAUACCGGAGACCUCAAGAACCGUCUUCGUCGCCUGGAACUAUACGGAACUAAUCAAGCUCAUCCCUCCAUGCCUCGUAUCCGACCACCAGAGAAUAACAAGAACAUCAUUUUCGAUAUUCAUGGAGUUACUAGCAUCGAUGGCUCAGGAACGCAGGUCUUAUAUGAGAUUGUGGAACGGUAUGCGCAAGUUGGAACAAGGGUUUUCUUCUGCCGUCUUCCUAACCGCGAUGUUUUCCACAUGUUUGAGCGAAGUGGUAUCGUUGAACAAUGUGGAGGGAUAUCACACUUUGUUGGCCAUGUCGACGAAGCACUUAAAUUCAUAGAGUCUGAGAGUCAAUCUCUUCAUGUUUGA